AUGCCUCCCUGCAGUCCCCCAUUCCAGGAAUCCACUAUCGCUGGAGUUAAGACUUUUUAUUCCAUUAAUGACUUGCUUGAAAAAGUGCAGGGGAAGAGGAAUAACAAGUGUCCCCCGCCCUACGCGGGUUCGAGUCCGAGCCCCGAGGGCGUAAGAGAGCGGGGCGUGGGAGGCCAGCACGCUCCCCACCCCCAGCCGCGACCCGGAGGAGCGAAGCGUGCUGGGAGGAAGGAGGCUCGGUUCCGGACGCUGCGGCCUCCAAGCGAAGGGGAAGGGGACCAAGGAAGAGAAGCUAUAAACAGCCCCAGCGUCCGGGCCUCGCCUCGAAGAGUCCCGCUUCCCAGGCCCCACGCCGGCCACCCGAGUCCCCGGCCCGCCCCGCUUGGGACUCCGGACACCGCAGGAGUGUCGGGGGUCCCUCUUCAGAGAGCUCCAGCGGUCGGUGGAGCGGCCCCGGCAGCAGGGAAGGGGGAAGUCAGGACUUACCUGUCAUUACUUUCUACGCCAUCUUGGAUCCACUUGUCAACGUCCCCACAAAGCAUUAUGGCCUGUCGCCGUCUCCUCUCGGCCGGUAAUGUGAUCCGCGACCCUCUAAGGUGGGCGACCCCUCCCCUAGGAAUGUAGCUUUGGGCUCUGCGGGUUCCAGCCAGCUAAGAGUCCGGGCAGCGGACUGCGACUUCCCGGGGCAGGUUGCGCGGGCCGGCACGCUCGCGCAGGUGACCCCUGACUUCCUGGCGCCCUGCCUCCC